AUGCUGACGACCGCAAAAAAUCUGUGGAGUUUAAAGAUACAGAAGGAGAGAAAAUGACAAAAAUUGAGCCUGUAUAUCAGUACCGUCUGACAAUGUCUCCUUGGAUUGGAAUUUUCUUGGCAUUUCUUUUCAUCCUUCUACUUAUAUAUGCAAGUUUGGUGUCUAUCAAAGCGUGGUCUCCUUCCAAAGUCGGACGAGAGCAAGUGGCUCAAUAUUUUCAAGCGUUGGAUGAACAUGAGAGAUAUCCAGAAGUUACCAGCAUUUUCAAUGAUUUCAAUCUUAGCAGUGGCAAGCGAUUGGACAACUAUUCUCGUCUCAAUAAUACCCCUCAAAAUAAUAACACUCUGUUUAAUAACUCGACGAUUAAUUCAUUCCGAGGUAUCAGCAGUAAAUAUCAAGGGGAUUACGAAAUAAGGGCCCUCAUGGAGGACAACAGAUUAAAGCAAUCCUUCUAUGGUCUGUCUUACGCCCCAAGAGGGGUGAUUGAGCCCAUGUGUCAAGUCACAGAAAGAGACGUUUUAUUGGAUGUUGCGCUGUUGUCGAGAGUCACAACCAGGGUAAGAACCUAUGGGACGCAAUGCCGUCAGGCAGAACUUAUCCUCAAAGCUUUUCAGGAGCUUAACCUGAAUAUGACAAUUGCCCUUGGAGUUUGGAUAGGAGAAGAUGACCAUUCGAACUGGAAACAGAUGAAUGAAAUGAAGUGGUUGCUAAGCAACUUCCCGAAACGCUACUUCAAUUCAAUAAUCAUUGGAAAUGAGGUACUUUUCAGGGAAGACAAAACCGUGAGAGAGCUGAUCUCGUAUGUGGAAGAAGCUAGAACCUAUGCGAAAUCCAUUGGAUACGGAGACAUUCCAAUUGGGACUUCUGAGUUGGGAUCCCAAGUCAAGCGUGAAAUGGUUGAGAAGUGCGACUUCAUUGGUGCCAACAUUCACCCCUUUUUUGGAGGAGAGGCAGUAAAUAAAGGAGUGCAAUGGACACUCGAUUUCCUAGAGCAACAGGUGUUGCCAUAUGUCCAUAGUAUACGGCCGGAAGUUCAGGUAGCUGUUACCGAAGUUGGCUGGCCAACUGGUGGUGGACAAUACAUGGCUUCAGUUGCCGGGAAAAAGGAAAUGCACCAAUUCCUUGAAUCAUGGGUAUGUUCGCCCAAGACGCAAGAAUUCGCAUGGUACUAUUUCGAAGCCUUUGAUGAGCCAUGGAAAAAAAUAUGGCAUGAGGAAGGCAGUACAUGGGAAACUCAAUGGGGAUUCUUCACCCACGACCGUAAGCUGAAAGAGGGACUACAGCUACCCGAGUGCGCCAAUGCUCUCGAAUUUUCCACUGCGUCAUGGAAAAAUGUUAGCGGAGUCCAGUGAUAUAACUUGAAUUUAUUAAUUGGCUUUAACCUUGAAGGUUGCUUUCUGAAUGAUUUUGUAGUUUGUCCAGCACCAAAACAACAUGAAGCAGCCAAAUGAUAGGAUGACAUUAGAGAUCACCCAAAGGUGUGGCAGCUGCUUAGGAGGUUCGAAAAAAUAAUCGAGUAUGUGUAGACAUGAGGCCAGAGUAUACGAACUGAUGAUGACAAAGCGCCAGAAUAAGUUGUGAGGAAGCACUGGCGUUGCUAGCUCCCUGGCAAGAACUGGAAUUUUAGCUCUUCUCAAAUACAUUCUGAUCCAACUCAAAUUGCCCAUGAGCCAGUUGCUCAAAAUCCCUAAAACAAAAUAUUGAAGAGACAACUGGUCUCGCUUAAGAAGCGGCCACAUCGAGAAUAAAGCAAUGUUGGCAAUCCAGCAAACCAUAGAUAUGACGUCGGGAUCAACCUCGUUGAGAAGAAGAGUGAUUGGCAUCAGAGGCAGAAGAAUUGAUUUCUCGUGCACCUGGAAUGAAAAAAGAUAAAAAGCCAAUGAGCAGGAUGCCAAGCACCAGGUAAAUAAAUUCUUGCUUGGCUUUAUGAAAAUUGUAAUGGAAGCGGGCGCGAUUCCUGCCAACGUCAACAGGAGCGACAGUUUCUUCAACUGAUCUUGAGUGAAGAUUUGUCUGUACUUAAUAAUCACGUUAGUUGCGCACCAAAAAUUGGCCACCUUAUCUUCAAAAAUGCCUCUAUCGAAUGGAAACACACGGAUGAGUAUUUGGAUGAUUUGCCCAAAUCCGCCCUUGUACACGAAGGGUAAAAACAUCAGCACAAACGUGAAAAGCACAGAGACUCCAACGGAAACCAGUCUCAACAGGUUCAUCUUGGAGAAGGGGAAAAUGCAGACACUAAGAAGAUAGAAAAAGAAAAUAGGAGCGUAAUAGAGUGCCAUUUGUUUGAAACCAAGAGCCAACACAAAGAACACCGAGCAUAAAACAUAGUUGUUUUCCAAGAGGUUGACAAUUGCAAAGAGAGAUAGACCAAGCAUCACAGAAUUGUAUUGAAAAUGCCCAUGGUCAAUAAUAAUCAGAGACGGCUGGUAGAGGAUGGCCGCCGCUAUGAUAGUUUGGUCAAUAGGAGAAGCCUUGUUGUAAUAUCUCCCCAUCCACCUAGUGUACAUUAGCACUGCCGGAAUAUAAAUGAAUAAUUCACUCAAGAGAGCUGUAAUUCUCAUGUAAGACUUUAAGUCGUCAGUUUCGAGUCCUCUUGAGACAUCGAGAGCGAACCACGAAACAUCUGUCAAGGAGCCAAUUUUUCCUAGCAGCCAAGAAUGAAAGGCAGUUAAAGGAGGAUAAUCCAGCCCCCAGUACUGAAGAUCAUAAAAAUACCACUCCCUAAUCGGUAGUUGUGUGGUAAUCUCCAUCCAAUGGCGCUGAGCUUCAAAAUCUCCAAACAUAGGAGGUGUGUUUUGUCCCGAGUAAGGUCCCAGCCCAACUGCGCAUCGCACAAUUAUGGCGAAAACAAUUAUGAUAUAGCGCGCAACCCAUUGGUUUGGAGCUCG